GGAAGGAAGGAGCGAGCAAUCCAGGUUGCUGCUGAUCUUCUCGGACCCGCACCCAGACCCAACCCGACCUAGUCUGCGCCAUGUGGGGCUGGAGCGUGGCUCUGUGGCUCUUGCUGGCUCUGCGCACUGUGCUCGGCCAAGUCGAGGUCCGGUGGUGCACCACGUCAGAUCCAGAGCAGCAGAAGUGCAGCGACAUGAGCAAGGCCUUCCAGGAGGCAGGCAUCCAGCCCUCCCUCCUCUGCAUCCAGGGCAUCUCUGCUGAUCACUGUGUCCAGCUCAUCACGGCCCAGGAGGCUGACGCCAUCACUCUGGAUGGAGGAGCCAUCUAUGAAGCGGGGAAGGAGUAUGGCCUGAAGCCUGUGGUCGGCGAAGUGUAUGAUCAAGAGGUUGGGACCUCCUAUUAUGCUGUGGCUGUAGUCAGGAGGAACUUCAAUGUGACCAUAAACACCCUGAAAGGAGUGAAGUCCUGCCACACGGGCAUCAACCGGACAGUGGGCUGGAAUGUGCCUGUGGGCUACCUGGUGGAGAGCGGCCGCCUCUCAGUGAUGGGCUGUGACGUGCUCAAAGCUGUCAGUGACUAUUUUGGGGGCAGCUGCGUCCCAGGAGCAGGAGAAACCAGAUAUUCGGAGUCCCUCUGUCGCCUCUGCCGGGGUGACACCUCUGGGGAGGGUGUGUGUGACAAGAGCCCCCUGGAGAGAUACUAUGACUACAGCGGAGCCUUCCGGUGUGUGGCAGAAAAGGCAGGGGACGUGGCCUUCGUGAAGCACAGCACUGUGCUGGAGAACACUGAUGGGAAAACUCUGCCCUCCUGGGGCCAGACCCUGCUGUCGAAGGACUUUGAGCUGCUAUGCAGAGAUGGCAGCCGAGCCGAUGUCACUGAAUGGAGGCGAUGCCACCUGGCUCGGGUGCCUGCACACGCUGUGGUUGUCCGGGCUGACAUGGACGGGGGCCUCAUCUUCAGGUUGCUCAAUGAAGGCCAGCGUCUGUUCAGCCAUGAGGGCAGCAGCUUCCAGAUGUUCAGCUCUGAGGCCUAUGGUCAGAAGAACCUGCUAUUCAAGGACUCUACCACGGAGCUGGUGCCCAUCGCCACGCAGACCUAUGAGGCAUGGCUGGGCCGCGAGUACCUGCAUGCCAUGAAGGGUCUACUCUGUGACCCCAACCGGAUGCCCCACUACCUGCGCUGGUGCGUGCUCUCCACACCCGAGAUCCAGAAGUGUGGUGACAUGGCGGUGGCCUUCAGCCGGCAGAGGCUCAAGCCUGAGAUCCAGUGUGUGUCGGCCCAGUCCCCCCAGCACUGCAUGGAGCAGAUCCAGGCUGGGAACAUCGAUGCUGUGACCCUGAGGGGCGAGGACAUUUACACAUCAGGGAAGGUGUAUGGCCUGGUCCCCGCGGCUGGGGAACUCUACUCUGAGGCAGACAGGAGCAGUUCAUACUUCGUGGUGGCUGUGGUGAGGCGGGACAGCUCCUACGCCUUCACCUUGGACGAGCUGCGUGGCAAGCGCUCCUGCCACUCAGGCUUCGGCAGCCCAGCAGGCUGGGACGUGCCAGUGGGCGCCCUCAUCCAGAGAGGCUUCAUCAGGCCUCAGCACUGUGACAUCCUGACAGCGGUGAGUGAGUUCUUCAAUGCCAGCUGUGUGCCUGUGAACAACCCCAAGAGCUACCCUUCCUCUCUGUGUGCCCUCUGUGUGGGGGACGAGCAGGGCCGCAACAAGUGUGUGGGCAACAGCCAGGAGCGGUACUACGGUGACAGUGGCGCCUUCAGAUGCCUGGUGGAGAAUGCGGGGGACGUUGCCUUCGUUAAACACACGACUGUCUUUGACAACACAAACGGCCAUAAUUCUGAGCCCUGGGCUGCUGCAUUGAAGUGGCAGGAGUAUGAGCUGCUAUGCCCCAACGGGGCCCGGGCUGAGGCCAACCAGUAUGAAGCCUGCCACUUGGCGCAGAUACCAUCCCAUGCUGUCAUGGUGCGGCCAGACACCAACAUCUUCACUGUGUAUGGACUGCUGGACAAGGCCCAGGACCUGUUUGGAGACGACCACAAUACGAACGGGUUCAAAAUGUUUGAUUCCUCCAAAUACCAUGGCCAAGACCUGCUUUUCAAGGAUGCUACGAUCCGGGCAGUGCCUGUAGGGGAGAAAACCUCAUACCUUGACUGGCUGGGACCUGACUACGUGGCAGCUCUGGAAGGGAUGCUGUCUCAGCAGUGCUCUGGCACAGCGGCUGCCCAGCCCCCAGGUCCCCAUCUGCCACUGCUGCUGCCGCUCUUUACUGGCCUCCUCCUGCACGCCCUCUGAGCGCCACUCGGGCCAGCUGGCCUCGCGACCUGCUAGGAACCGCAGCCGAGGCCAGUCUGUGCAGGGCCUUGGCUGACACUGUCCUGAGAAGCGUCGCGUGCUGGAGAGGAACGGGAGGAACCACGCACAGAGCUCCCCAGAACUCCCGCUCUGACCCAACGAGAAGUUUCUGGAAUGGAGAUGAAGGCUAAGGCAAAGCCCCCUCCCUCCCGCGGAGCCACCCGCCCCCAGCCGCCUGGCCCUGGCCACCUGAGGCGGCUGGCCCGAUGCCCAGUCACGCCGCCCAAGCUGGCAGCGCCUCCCUGCCAACCUGCAGCCUCCCACCUGGAGCCGGUGGCUGGCUGCGGAGAAGGCCGGUCGCCAAGGAAACCGCUGAGCCCGCUUCCCACGCGGCCCUCUGCUGCGCGGCGGCCUGGGGACCUGAGAGCGCCUGCUGGGCCAGCUGCCCAGAGGACGCUGCGCCUCCGCCCCGGCUCCCGCCGGCACCACCUCCUUCCCACACUUCUGAACCAGCCGCUGGUCGCCUCAGCCUUUUGUCCUUGUCUUCUGAGGCUCCAGUGAGCGUGUG